GUUUAAAUCACAUAGAGCUCCACCGACUCUCAGUUUGCAUCCUCCUCUCUGCUCACUCGCUCUGAGCUCCCUCUGUCUGUCCUCCUCUCUGCAUCUGCUGGUUGCUCUCCCCUUCAACCUUGUGAGGGUGUCUUCCCCUGAACAUCUGCAACAGCUUUUCAACUAAAGAAAUAAAAUCUUUUUUUCCUCCAAAGCCUGCGAGACAUUGAGACCCAACUGUCACCAUGGAGGCCAUUAAGAAGAAGAUGCAGAUGCUGAAGUUGGACAAGGAGAACGCCAUUGACAGGGCAGAACAGGCGGAGUCUGACAAGAAGGCAGCCGAGGAUAAGUGCAAGCUGCUGGAGGAUGAGCUGCUUGCUCUGCAGAAGAAACUGAAGGGAACAGAAGAUGAGCUUGACAAGUACUCAGAGGCCCUGAAGGACGCUCAGGAGAAACUGGAACUGUCGGAGAAGAAGGCCGCAGAUGCGGAGAGCGAUGUGGCAUCUUUGAACCGCAGGAUCCAGCUGGUGGAGGAGGAGUUGGACCGAGCUCAGGAGAGACUGGCCACAGCCCUCCAGAAACUGGAGGAGGCUGAGAAGGCUGCAGAUGAGAGUGAAAGAGGCAUGAAGGUGAUUGAGAACAGAGCCAUGAAAGACGAGGAGAAAAUGGAGAUCCAGGAAAUGCAGCUCAAAGAAGCCAAACACAUCGCUGAGGAGGCAGACCGCAAAUACGAGGAGGUUGCCCGCAAACUGGUAAUCCUUGAGGGUGAGCUGGAGAGGGCAGAAGAGAGGGCAGAAAUUGCAGAACUUAAGUGUGCUGACCUGGAAGAAGAGCUGAAGAACGUCACCAACAACCUCAAGUCGCUAGAGGCUCAGUCCGAUAAGUACUCUGAGAAAGAAGACAAAUAUGAAGAAGAGAUUAAAGUCCUGAAUGACAGACUUAAGGAGGCGGAAACCCGUGCAGAAUUUGCAGAGAGGUCAGUGGCUAAGCUGGAAAAGACCAUCGAUGACUUAGAAGAGAACCUAUCAAAAGAAAAAGAGCAAAACGUAGGAAUGCACCAAGUCCUGGACCAAACACUGCAGGAGCUCAAUAGCUUGUAAAAUGCCAUGAAGAUCAAACCAAUAAAAAAAAAUGCCAUUUCUACAUGCCAUCCAUUCUCUGUAAUAUCACUAUUAUUCCUAAACACAUACCCCCUUUUAUAUAUUUAUGGUUCUUUUGUUUCUUUUCCUUUUUUAAAAAUGGUUUUGGGACCAUAUGAUAAUCAGUUUUGGUGCUGGAAAUUGUGUUGUAGACCAAACUCUGAGCACAAAUAAAACUGAUCAUGAUGAUAAAGUG